AAUCCAUGACCAUAAAUGAAGAUGAUGACCGAGACAGACGACCGGCCCACUCCGAGAAGGAUUCCUUCGAGAAGCAGCGUUGGGUUUUCACACAUGGUACAUUGAACAAGGGUAGUCGGGAGCAUGAUAGGCUGUUUAGAUUGGAGCCCCAGAAGUUCCUAAUUCAAGUGGCAGUGGAUCGAUCAGCGGGAGGCAGACGGCGAGAAUUGCCCGGAACAUGGACUGGCGUUGAGAGCCCGAGACAGGGGAACCUCGAGUCGCUUCCCCGGCAUGACUCGCCCUAUCGAUCGCGUGGGUGAGUCCGUACUAGAGAGUAUACAGAGGAGCCCUUAGUUAGUACGUAGUGUUACUUUUGCUGGAUACCUCCGCGGAUAGUCU